UAAAAAGAAAAAAAUUAUAAAAUAUAUCUUAUAUAUUAUAACAACUUCAAGCAACCCCUUUAAUAAUUCUCUCUCUCUCCUCAUUUUCUGUACUAUAAGUGAGAAAAACAAAAAGCUCAAAGCCCGAGGCAUAUAUGCGAUGGACAUGAAUAACCACACUCCAGCUUAUAAUGAUAAUAAGCUGUUUAUUACUACUUCAAAUAACUCUUCCUCACCACCUCAUUGGGAUCUACAGACGGCCGCCAUGGAACAUCAUCACCACAAUAUCCUUUCUUCCCAUAAUAAUCAUACUCAUCAAACUCCCACCACCACUUCUGCUCAUCAUCAUCAUCAUCAUCAUAAUACUUCUUCUCUCAGCUUUUUCCCUUAUCAAACACCAUCAUCUCUUUUGAACAUGAUCAGUACUAACCAUAAUCACAAUCACCAUCAUCAUCAUGAAGCAGAGGAUAAUAAUAUUCAAAAUCAGGCAAACGAUCAGUAUGAGCACGGUGAUGAUGAUCAUGAUCAGGAGGAAGGAGAAGAGGAAGAGGAGCUUGGAGCCAUGAAGGAAAUGAUGUACAAGAUUGCUGCGAUGCAGCCUGUGGACAUCGAUCCGGCCACAAUUCGAAAACCUAAGCGGCGGAACGUCCGGAUAAGCGACGAUCCCCAGAGCGUGGCGGCACGCCACCGCCGAGAGAGGAUAAGCGAGAGGAUCCGAAUCCUCCAGCGCCUCGUCCCCGGCGGCACCAAGAUGGACACCGCCACCAUGCUCGACGAGGCCAUUCGCUACGUCAAGUUCUUAAAGAGGCAAAUCCGUCUUCUCCAAGCAAGUGAUGACCCUACUGACCUUCAACGACAGGAACUGGUGCAAACUAAUUCCACUACUUCUACUCAUAAUAAUAAUACUAAUGAUAGUACUACUACACCAACUCAGCCAUGUUUAAGCUCCCCUAAUAAUAUUAAUUGGGGCACUACUACUAUUAAUACUACUGCUGUUCAAGCCCCAUAUGGCUCCCUUAUUACCACAGCUCCACCAAUAAGCUACGGUGUCUUCGGCCGCGUUGGCAGCAGCUUAAUUAAUGGAGAAACCUUAUUUUAUAACACUACUACGGGGUUUAAUCAUUCUGAUGAUCAUGACCAGGGUAAUUUCAGAAUGUUACGGUUUUAUAAUAUCCAGAAGUACUCUGAUAUAUAGCAUUUAAGCAUACCCUAAUGACAAUAAAAACUAUAACAGUCAUACAAGUAUAUUAAUUUAAUGGAGUCAGAGUACUGCUUACAUUUAAUCCAGUUAUUGAAGAGUAGCCAUAGUAAUAUAUCUCUCCCUUAGGAGCUUAUGUUGAUCACCUUAAUCGGACAUUGUCUCUCAAUUCCCCAAUGUUUUGCUGGAGCAUAUAUUCAGAAGUGCUAACGUUGCAGCACAUAUAUAACCUGGCGAAAAUAUGCUAUAUAUUGGGCUAGAUGGUGUUGUAACCUGGUUAGCUGAUGAUCCUUUCCUUAUGACUUUGUAAUCAAUCUUCAUUAAUGGAAGGCAUCGUUACUCUCAAAACAUAUAAUUUAUAUAUGUAUAUAGUUAUAUAUAUAUAUAGGUAUUAAUGCUCACCAUCAUUUAAGUGAACUAUUUCACUAUAGUUAAAAUGGAGAACAAUAUUCAUGUAUAGAUCGCAAUUUAUGAGGAUCGUAUAAUAUAAAUAUGGAUUAAUUUGAAUGCUAGGAAUAUUAAGUUCAAAUUGGAUUAGAGUAAUAAAUUUAACAAACUAAUAAUUAACUAAAUGUCAUAUUACACCCCCACAAAUAUUCACUCAUGGAAUGAUAUGACAGAGACAAAAUUAAGAAAAUCUUAGAAGUGAGCUAGUGUAAUUAUUAGCAUGCUUGGUUGUAUUUGUCUACGUCCCUUGUGUUCAAAAAGUGACUAUGAGAUAGUCCUCCAUGGUGUGGUGAUUUAUUAUGCCUUCAAGACAUGCGGCAACCUUAUUUUUUUUCUCUUGAAAGAUGACAUGCCGCAACUUAAAAUUAGGAUUAGUUCUUAUUAGGAUUGUUAAUCCUUCUAUUCAUAAUUGCAAGAAAAUUAGAUGCAACAAUGGAGGAAAGCAAAGAGAAGAAGGAGAAGAGAAAGAGAAAGAAAUUUAUUGUUCUAUUAUUAUGUUUGUUACAAUGUAAAGAGUACAAGAAUCAGCACAAAACAGAGAGAAAUAGAAUAACAGUAAGAGAGUCACACACGAACUAACUCACAACAACCUUUUAUCCACUUUAACUAUCUCUGAACAAGGAGCCCCUAAU